AUGACUCCUUCACUUAGUCCUUCGGAGCACAUUGCACAUGUUGCUUCAAGAGCUAGCUCUCUAUUGGGUUUCAUAUUUAGAUCUACAAGAAGCUUCAACUCACCUCAGUCCAUUGUUAGUCUUUUUAAAUCUUUGGUGCGCCCAAUCCUGGAGUAUGGUUCCGUUAUAUGGUCCCCUUACCAACUAAAUCACAAGGAACAGCUACAACAUGUUCAGGACCGUUUCAUCAGGAUGCUUGGUCCAAGACUGGGGUUCAGCUACCGCACUACACCUGUCUCUGAUGUCGAGAGUCAUUUUGGCCUUCUCCCACUACAACUUCGUCGCCACCACGCUGAUCUUCUGUUAUUGUUCAAGCUUUUAAAUGGCCUCGUUGACUGCCCGGAACUGCUCAGCUCCAUUGACAUUUGUGUUACAAGAGGUCUGCGCUCAAUGACAAUCUUCCGCAGACGCUUCAAUACCACCAACUAUUCUCGCUUUAGCGGCAUGUCUCGUCUCAUGCGCGCAGGUGGGGUGGCUUCAAGUCAUCUGGAUUUCUUCCACGAUUCUGCACCAUCGUUCAGAAGGAAGGUGAUUGCUCUGUGUGACGUUACCUAA